UCAUUCACAGUAGAUAUGCAGCAGUCUAGUGACGGUGUAGUUUUACCAGAACAGAAACAGAAUGAUAAAAAAAUGGACAAAUGGAGACUGGUACCACCCGACGGCGGAUGGGGGUACUUGGUGCUUUUUGGUGCCACUUUGGUCAACAUAUUGGUACCAGGAACCAUAAAAUCUUUUGGUGUUUUGUUCGUGGAAUUCAUGGAAGCGUUCGAUUCAUCCCCGGCAGAAGGGAUGUGGAUACCAGCUCUCUGUUAUUUUCUGUACAGUUCCUUAGGUCCAGUUUCAAGUAUAUUAUCAGUAAAAUACAGUUACAGGGUAGUUACUAUCAUAGGUGGCAUAAGUGCAGCAGCUGGCAUGAUACUAAGUUUUUGGGCCAGCUCUGUUUACUACCUCUAUUUCACUUAUGGUAUUUUGGUGGGAUGUGGAGCUGGCUUAUCAUUCCCACCUACCGUUUAUAUAGUCUGUAGUUAUUUCACUAAGUUCAGAGGUGUGGCAAAUGGGAUCUGUAUAUCAGGGUCUGCUUUUGGAUCAAUAAUAAUUCCACCAUUACUUCGAAUAAUUUUAGUUACAUAUGGAUAUAGAGGAGCGUGUCUUUUGAUGGGUGGAGUAACAUUGAAUGUAUUUGUUGCAGCUCUGUUUUAUGAUAGAGUUGAGUUACACAUGAAGCGUGAAAGAAUACCAAGCGCAGAAGAGGAGGAAGAUGAAAAACAUCAUGCCAAGUUUAUUAUUAGUCAGGACAGCAUACCAUCUCUUAUCCAAAUACCACAUAAUGAUUCCCUUUCAGAUCCUAAUCUAGAGUUUACAGAAGGUAAUUUCAAUCGAAGUGCUUCUAGUGCUGCUAUGCAGAACUUGAAAAUUCAACAUAGGGAACGGAAAAUUAGUGUACCUACUGGUAAACAAGAAAUAAUGAGAGCCAAAGGAGCGAAUAUGAGUAGUAACUCGGCACUUCAUGUUGUACCUGAAAAACAAAGUGGCAACAAAGCUACGGAGACAUUUUCUCGACUACCAAGUACCAGGACCAGAACGGUAGUUCCAAAACGAAGCCCUUCUACCAGUUCUUUUCAAUACGUAACUACAGCAUACCAUGGUAGUACUUUGGCUUUACAACCGGAGACCUUUGCUAGUUCUUUUAGUUUACGUUCUAUAACUAAAUCCAAAAAUGUGACUGAGGAUGAAGAAGAAAAAAAACCUAAACUCUUUGACAUAAGCCUUCUUAAAAACCCAGUAUAUUUGGUUAUUUUAAUUUCUAACGCUACAAAUGCUAUCAGUUACACCAAUUUCAUAAUUCUCCUUCCAGCUUAUGCUCAAACUUUGAAUUUUGACAAGGAUAAGGGUGCAAUGUUACUUUCUAUCGUGUCUGCUCUGGACUUGGCAGGUAGGAUUGGUGGUUCUGCACUUUCUGACUUGACCAAAUUUCCAAAGUGUUACUAUUUUGUUGGAGGACUUUUCAUUUCUGGUGUAUCACUAGGGCUCAUGCCAUUUUUUCAAAAUUUUGGGAUCAUGGCUGCUUUUUGUGCACUGUUCGGAUUAGCUUCUGGUACUUAUGUUGGCAUUACAGCAAUUGUAAUGGCAGACAUGUUGGGUGAGGAACGUUUACAGUCAACUUAUGGAAUGGGACUCUUUGUCAAUGGAAUUCUGCAACUGAUUGGGCCUCCACUGUGUGGGCAAUGGUAUGAAGCAAUGAACUCUUAUGUAUCUCUAUUCAUUUGUCUUGGCAUGACACUCUCGGCAGGUUCUUUGCUUUGGAUCAUAAUUCCAUGUAUUAAGAGAAAUAAAAAUACAAUAAUUGCAUAAAAGUUUUUGUUUUGAACGUAUUUAAAUAAUUAUGCAAAUAGUAAUUUUCAUUGUUUAUGCCAGAAAAAAUCAAAAUAGAAUAAUAUUCUCUGUGAGUCAUAUAUAUUUCAAAUUCAAGGAAUAAAAUUAUCUGUAGAGAUUUGAAAUAAAUGUUAAAUUGAUAUCACAGGUCUGCAUUUCCUCAAAUAUUAUUUCUAU